AUGAAGUUGGAAGCAAUUACUGCCAGUGUGGAGGAAUAUGUCAAGGAGCUGGGAACGUGGAUGGAUGACGCAAAAACGUAUAUUCAAGAUGUGAAAAAGUAUGUUGAUGACAUCAUGGAGCAACUUGAUGGAAAGCAUAGACAGGCUAUUGACCAGGCCGCCGCGGACAUUGACAGUGAGCUUGGCAAGAAAGUUGGGGAGUUGAAUGAGUGGAUUGAGAAAGCGGAAGCCGCCGUCAGUGUGGCUAAGCAGAAGGCGGAUGAUGUAUUUAAGAGGUUGGAUAAGGACAGCGGUACGAAGAUUCGUCAAGGGUUUGAGAAGAUUAGUGAAGCUAAUAAAAAGAUUUCGGAAGUUAAUACCCAGCUGGGAAUAGUGCACAAGGAUUUGGGGGAUUGGAAAGGUGUGGCGAAGAGUGUGCUCAGGAACUCUGUUCAGAAGGUUGGAGAGGUGAGUGAUAAGUUGGAUCCAGGAAAACGAGGUGCAGAGCAUCCUAUUGGUGAGAACCUUAAUCAAAUCGAUACGUCGAACGAAGAUAUUAAGAAGGCAAAUGAACAACUCAAAACUCAACUUGAAAAGCUGAGUAAGUGGAUCACGGAAGCGGAUGGUUUACGCCAAAAAGCACAAGAAAAAGCCGAGGAUGUCUACAGGAGCUUGGCAGUUCAUCAGCAGCUGAGCGAUAAAAUCAAAGAGAUUCAGUAG